UAAGGAGAAAGGAAGAGCAAGAUCAACAUCACCCUCAAGCUCUAGUAGCUCAGAAGCUACUAGUAGCGAAGAUGAAAGUGAGGUAGAUCGGUUAGUAAGAGGAAAGGUAGAUCAGGUAGUAGAGGUAGUGGUAGGUCAGUUAGUAGGAGCACAAGUAGCAGCACUAGCAG